CACUCAUUCAUUCAACCUAAAGGCAUUUAAGCCUAAGACAACAAGUGGAUCUACGUAGGGCAGUUUGUACGAUGAGCUUGAUUACUUACCAGUAGCCAUCACAAUAAGACUGUAUUAACAGGUAGUCAUGUUGCAGUUUGAUUACAUAUAGAUCCUAUGAAAAUGUACAAUCACAAUAUCGACCAGUCUUGCCUCUAACCCCACCACCAACAUUGUGCACAUCACUAUUCAAACUGACUGCAUAUAUAUAUAUACAAUUAUAUAAUAAGAUCCUUCAUUUGAAAGUGCAAUAUUGACAAGUUAUCUAGUGGACAAAGGUAAUACAUUUAUAUAGAUCACUCGAAAAAGAAAAAAAAGCAAUACGCAACAUAAAAGUAUUUAACAAAUUUAAAUUUAAUCUUGAUAUGUAAUACUGUUUGGUUUAUACUGUCUGUUAGGUUUAUGUACUCUUGUUUGUAUAUUUAUGUUCUUUUGUAUUUGUUGUGUUCAUAAUAAAAAAUACUUUACAGUAGCUCGAGCCAACGUUCAGGAACAAGCAGCCUGUAUGUAUCACGUGAUAUUUUGGCGUCUGGAGCAUGUACCAGUAUUUGCAUGAUACCACCACAUAACAUUGAGCUAGGACUGAUAUGAGACCAAGAAGGUCUCCCAAGCAGUACCGUAAGACACCAAAAUCAACAAGGGAUCAUACCACGCUGUCCUUGUCAAGUACCCUGUUCUGUGACAAUGCUCUGAGUCACCUUCCUGUUGCAACAUGUACAUCACAGACCACAGCCCAACUACUGGGGUGGUGACAAUCGUAGUGAUCCUCAUUGCUGUUGCUGCCCUCGGUGUUCUCAUCUGCGGAUGUUGGUGCUACCUUCUCCUGCAGCGGAUUGGCCAGUCUGAAGAUGAGGAGAGUAUUGUAGGAGAGGGCGAGACCAAGGAGCCCUUCCUGAUGGUACAGUAUUCCACCAGGGGCCCUCACGUCGAGCACAAAACCAAGCUCGCCCACAACGGCACUGAGAAUCACACUUAACUGAGUCAUUAAGAAACCGUGUCAUCACCUGAUAUUAACCAAGAGGAUCACCUCAUUCACAUUUCCUGCUGAUCAUCAUCUUUCAUCAUGCCAUUGAAGGAUGAUAAACGGACUGCAGCUCAAUGUCAAUCAAUGUCUUAUGAGUAAAUUUGAUAUUUUUGUUUCUCAUUCCACUGUGGAUCUCAGUCAGGAUGUGAGGUUGUGAACAGUUCGUUGUUAUGUUUCUUAAGUAUACAUAUUUUGAACACAAAAAUGUACAUCUGAUUGGUGUUGAUAGUUUUUGUUAACUCAGCAAUCCACUACUGAAUUGUGACGGUAGACACUAGACAGCGCUCUGAACAAAUGAGUGGGCAAAACCUGCUUGUUGGAAGAAUGUAUGACAAAUUGAUAACAAAACAAUUUACUUAAUAUCAAGUUGCUCAAAUGAUUUUAAAUUAGCUUAAUUUGUUUGCUUAUUUUGCAUAGUUGAACUUGGUUUUGUUUACCUUCAGUAUUCAAAUGUGAGUUAAUAGCCAUUUUAAUAAUUUGCUAAAUGCCAAAUUUGCCC